UGCCGAGGCAACGACGCAAGCACCCAACGAGGCGACUCGCAGCUGCGGAUAGAAAGAGCAAAAAGACUAAAAGUGCGAGGCGCAAAUGACUGAGAGCGUUCAACCCCUGAGGGUCCCCCCUCAGAUGUCCAUCUAUGCGGACCAGCACAACAUCAUCCACCUAGUCCAGAGUAUGGUGUCCAGUCUGGCUGUGGACCAGCCCGAAGACCCCAUUGCGUACCUUCUGCAUCUGCUGCAAGAGAGCAGCGUGCACGUUCCCAGGGUGGUUCUGCUGGGUCCUCCUGCCGUAGGGAAAACCACUCUGGCCCGGAAGCUGUGCGCCGACGUCAAAGCGGUUCACGUUACCAUGGAAAAGCUCCUGGAGAACCAAUCGGAGCUUGGCGAACAAGCGCGCCAGUACGCGCUCAAGCAACAGGAGGUUCCCGAUGAUCUUCUGGUUGACCUGAUUCAAGAGCGACUCAAAGAGUCAGACUGCUUCAACACAGGCUGGGUGCUGGACGGACUUCCUCAAACUCGCCUUCAGGCUCGGAAUCUCCAGCAGGGUGGCGUCAUUCCCAAGCAUGUGGUUCUGCUAGCCGCUGCUGAAGACGUUCUCCUGGAAAGACACCGGGGCGGGCUGACGGAUCCGCUCACCGGAGACGUGUACCACGAGACCUUCGCGCAGCCCACCGAUGAUACAGUGCGGCAGCGCGCGGAAAGGAGGAGCGAUGCCCUGGAUGGCGGUCUGAGUCUCAGGGCGGGCCUGCAGCGCUACUGUUGUGAAGUCACCGGGAUAAGCUCCGCCUACCGACACAUCCUCAAGACGGUGGACGCUGAUCAGCCCCCUCUCGACGUCUACCAGCAAGUGGUGGCGUUCUUGCGUACUCGCCGUUGUUCCAGAACUCCCAGAGUGCUCCUCUUAGGUCCGCCCGGCUCGGGAAAGAGGCAUCAAGCCAAGAUGCUGGCCGACAAGUACAAAAUGGUGGACGUGUGUUGCAGCGAUCUUCUUGAAUGGGCUCAAGCGGAUCAGUCUCCUGUCGGGGAAGAAGUCCGAUCGUACUUGCGGCACAGUCGGACAGUUCCAAGCAGCGUGGUUCUGGAAGUCCUCCAGGAGCGUCUGAAUCGUGUGGACUGCAGCCAACGAGGCUGGAUCCUUCACCACCUGCCAUGCGACCUCCAACACGCCCAGCAUCUGGCACAUUCGCUCAACGCGCCAAACAGGGUUUUCUUCCUGGAGUUGAUUGACGAAGUCUGUUUUCACAGAAGAGCCAGCAAGCGCUCCACGGCUGAUCCCAGCGGUAACUCUCCAUCCCGCGAGUAUGACAUUAAUACGCGCUCGGUGACGUACGCCAUCGAGGUGUACAGGACACAGACUGCAGGCCUGCAGUGUGUGUUUCCAGACGGUGUGCACGUGGAUGCCGAUCAGGAUCCUCAGUCUGUUUUUGACGCCAUCGACAAACAACUCAUUAUUCAAACACACAUGUAUUGACAGACCUACGGAGCCCCUAAAGGGACAUCGACAGAAAUAAAAUACAUUUGGACCAUCUGUUGUGCACCAGAUAGUAUGUGGUGCGCACUAGCAGCUAUCUGGUGCGCUCGAGAAACAAUAUGGCGCGCACCAGAUAGUAUGUGGUAUGUACUAGAAACUCUGGUGCGCACCAGAUAAUAUGUUGUGCGCACUAGAAACUAUCUGGUACGCACCAGAAACAAUCUGGUGCGCACAAGAAAACUAUUGGUCGUUCCGUGACGAAGUAAUGGUGACGAUGUGUAACUAAUGCAGUAAUAUCUUUAUUUUAUCUUUAGUCCAAGAUUGAAAUAAAGCUCAACUAAAUCCUGUCUUAUCAUUUUUAGCACCCCGAAACUGUUGGUGUCCGAUGCGCACCUGCAGUUUGCGCACCAGAUUGUUUCUCGUGUGCACUAGAUUGUUUCUAGUGGGCACCAGAUGGUUAAAUUUAUUUACCCUAUUGUUCUAAAGCCUAACCCUAAACCCAAUACAUAAUGAGCCUUCAUGAUAAUCGUAUUUUCCGCACUAUAAGGCGCACCUGAAAGCCUUAAAUUUCUCAAAAGCCAACAGGGCGCCUUUUAAUCCGAUGUGCCUUAUAUAUGGAUCAAUAUUCGUUAAUCGUGGCAUGACAUUCCAUUUAGCUCAGCUCCAUUUUGUGAAUGCACAACACAAGCCCAACCACUACUACUACUACUACUACUACUACUACUGCGUCUUAUAAUGCAGUGCACCAUAUACAUAUGAAACAGUUUUAAAAUAGGCCAUUCAUUGAAGGUGCUCCUUAUACUCUGAUGCACCUUAUAGUGCGGGAAAUACUGUAAAUGUUUAUUUUCCCUGCAGUGCAUCGUAUCAUAUAGAAAAUGUGACUACUCUGUUGUACGAUGCCGCCUCAAGUUUAACUUCAUGAUAGGGCUGUCAAACGAUUAAAAUUUUUAAUCGCGUUAAUCACAGCUUAUAAAUUAAUUAAUCGCAAUUCAAACCAUCUAUAAAAUAUGCCAUAUUUUUCUGUAAAUUAUUGUUGGAAUGGAAAUAUAAGACACAAGACAGAUAUAUACAUUCAACAUACUGUACAUAAGUACUGUAUUUGUUUAUUACAACAAUAAAUCAACAAAAUGGCAUUAACAUUAGCAUUCUGUUAACGUGAUCCAUGGAUAGAAAGACUUGUAGUUCUUAAAAGAUAAAUGUUAGUACAAGUUAUAGAAAUUUUAUAUUAAAACCCCUCUUAAUGUUUUCGUUUUAAUAAAAUUUGUAAAAUUUUCCAUCAAAAAAUAAAGUAGUCGCUCGCCAUUGUUGAUGUCAGUAAUUACACAAUGCUCACCAUAAAAUCAGUUGCACCAAGGCGCCAGCAGAGGGAGACAAAAAACACAAGUAACAAGUGGCCAUGACACUGUUCUGUCAUUUUAAUCUGUUUGAGCGCGGCAUGUGCGUUAAUUGCGUCAAAUAUUUUAAUGUGUUUAAUUUAAAAAAAAAAAAUUACCGCCCGUUAACGCGAUAAUUUUGAUACCCCUACUCAUUACAAUAUUAAUAAAUUAGAGGAAUGUUUGUGUCAUGGUAGCCCUCCUACAAAAACCAUAUUAAAACUAAAAAUAAAUUUCCCUCCCGCAUCUUUUUCCAUUUUCAAACAUUUUUGAAAAAGCUCCAGGGAGCCGCUAGGGCAGCGCUAAAGAACCUCGGGUUGCUGACCCCUGCUGUAGGGGCUCCAGAACAGACACACAUGCAAAAUUAUUUUAUUUUGGCACACUAGUUUGACAUUGUGUACAUUUGUUUGAAAGAAUGUAAGUGGAAGUAUUUCCCGAGAUUCAAUGCUAAAGAAUAAUCGUGAAAAGUUCUGUACACCCAUUCAAUUCAUUGAAUAAA